AUGGAGUUUGUCACAGCCCUCAGGGGCACCUUCGACGAGCAGAAGCCUUCGCUCUUCGAAGUUCUCUCAGAGCAACAGCUCAACGCCCUUCUUCCGCCGACCCUCCGCUAUCUCGUCACUAUCGCGACGCAUCGACACCCACGAUAUCUUCUUAGAAUACUGAACUCCUUCGAUGAGAUAUAUGCUGGAGUCAUGCUGCUCGUUGAGCGGCAUUAUUUGCGCACAAGGGGUGGCUCAUUCACAGAGCACUUCUAUGGCCUCAAGCGCGAAAAGGGUCUCCAUGCUGAGGUUCCGCGCGCAAGCAUGUCAUCGCCCGCUAUCGUGCGCGAGACUCUGAAACUUACAACCAAGGACGUCUGGAAGAAUCUGCUCAUCAUCGUGGGCAUCCCUUAUCUGAAGCGAAAGCUAGACGAGAGCUACGAGGUGAAUGCGCCAAGAGCGCUUCUGGGCGCGGCAUACACGCGAAUGCCAGACAACCCAACCCUUCGCGAUCGAUUCUUAUACUACUACCGAUGGUUCUUGAGGAACAUAUACCCCAGUGUUAAUGCUGGCUACUACUUUGCCAUGCUUGCCUUCAACGUGGCGUACCUGUUUGAUGGAAGCAAAUAUCAUAGCCCUCUCAUGUGGCUAAUAGGAACACGUAUACGAAGAAUGUCAGGAGCGGACUACCAGGCGAUUGAAGCCUUGACGCAGACACCCGAGACAGGACACACACCGGGUUGGCGGUCGCUGUUGAAUCCCCGUGAAAUGGGCCCUCGCAUUUUGUCAAGCUUGUCCAUUUUGCUACCAACAAGUAUUUUCGCGCUCAAGUUUUUGGAGUGGUGGUACCAGUCAGAUUUCGCGAAGCAACUUUCGCGAAAAGCGACAGAGACUGUUGAUUUGCCUCCGCCUGUGAUAUCGGCAGAUGGCAAGGGAGGAUCCGAUAAGAAGAAGACAGAAAAGAAGGAAGAGUCGAAUGAAGAGGGAGAUGCAACCCCUUCAGCCGAGGAUGCACCCAUCGCCACUCCCUCGCUUCUUCCUGUCUAUACUGUUCCCUUUCCCAGCGAUUCAUCAUUGUGCCCAAUUUGCGUCGAUGAGAUAGUUACUCCCACAGCGUGCCAGACCGGUGUCGUUUAUUGCUAUACGUGUAUCCACAAAUGGCUCGAGGGUCAGCAUCAGAAGCAGGAGGAUUUUAUGGAGACGCGCGAGGGCAAGUGGGAGAGUGGCCAAGGGAGAUGCGCAGUCACAGGAAGAAGGGUUCUAGGAGGAACUGAAGGAGAAUCUCUACUCUCUGGUUUCGACUGGUUCAACGGCACAGACCUUUCCAAUGGAUUCGUACAAUAUCAAGAUCGGAGAGGUGCCUUCAUGAAUGGCUUGUACUCUGUCGAUCCAUUCACCGAAAAUGUCCGAUUAAGGCCUGAGUCUCGUACUAUCUACGAUUUGGGUGAAGGACGACCAAGUGUUCGACUCGAAAGCAAGGAGUCCUACCAAUAUGGCUUGUUCAUUGCAGACUUCGGACACAUGCCCAUUUCCCAAUGUGGUACCUGGCCAGCCUUCUGGGCCUAUGGAAGUAGAGAGUGGCCGACAGAUGGCGAGGUAGAUAUCCUCGAGGGUGCCAACCUCGCCUACACUAACAUCAUGUCCGCACACACGGCUGAGGGAUGCAUGCUAGAUCCCGCGGACUCAAAUCUCUACUCUGGUAUCCUCCGCGACGCAGAUUGUGGUGUUGGAACAGACAAUGUCGGAUGCGGUUUCAACCCUCCUAAGAGCGACACUUCUUCUUAUGGCGACGGCUUCAAUGCUGUUGGCGGAGGAGUGUAUGCUAUGGAGUGGGACUCGGAAUACAUCUCGAUCUGGCACUUCCCACGAGGAGCAAUCCCCGCUGAUAUUGUGGCUAAGCGACCUGAUCCCAAGAAAUGGGGAUUGCCUCAGAGUCUGUUUGGCGGUUCCAAAUGCAACGUCAAUGACUACUUCAGAGACAUGAGACUUGUUCUGAACAUUAACUUCUGCGGCGACUACGGAGGCGGCACCUGGGCCAGCUCUGAGGUUUGUAGUGAACUUGCCCCAACUUGUAACGAAUAUGUUGCGAAGAACCCUACUGCAUUCGAGGAAGCGUAUUUCGAUGUCAGCUACAUUGAUGUCUACACUCGUCUCGGAGGAGACGUUCAACCUGUGGUUCCAUCAUCCGCACAGUCCACAGAUGUUAUCGUCCCUAGAGAGUCCAAUAUCGGCACCUCAGUCUCAGGAAGCCCUAUGUUCACAACAUUGUCUUUCUCCAACAACACCAUCACUACUAGUUCCAUGCGCAAGGAACAGACUACUCAACCAGGGGAUCAAGCCACUCAGUCAGAGGAGCCUACGACGACUACUACGUUGACCGGCAUCUCAUCCGUCUUUGUCACUGUUCCUGGUUCUGGCACCGAUAGUCCUACUGUUAGCCCUCUCCCCGUCGCUACCGGUGGUCGAUCUAUCAACCCACCCAAUGUUGAUGAUUAUUCAUACCUUGGCUGCUUUGGAUCGCAGACUGGUUUCCAGACCUUCAACCUGGCUGCGGAUAGCGAUGAUAUGACCAUCGAGCGGUGUAUCGAUGCUUGCGAUGGCCUGACUUACAUUGGCCUAUUUGAAAGUACCUGCUACUGCGCCUCUGCACUUGACGGUGAUACUCGUGCUAUCCGCAACGAGACCUCAUGCAAUCGUCCCUGCCCUGGUGAUGAUGGUCAGUUCUGCGGUGGUAUGGUCACACAGAACACCAGAUCCAGAUCCAGGAGGAGCAUUCCCCUUCGCCGAGAUGCGCCCAGCAACAUUCUUUUAACGGUAUAUGCUGAUAUUUCUGACGCUGGACAACCUGAAGUUCCUCCUGCUAUGGGACCGGGCUCCGAUAGUCCUUCCACUGGUAGUGGCGCUGGCCAGGGUAGCCCGAACAACCAAGAUGAUACCAACAACGAGGAUGAAGAUGGUUCAGCUGGACAAUCCGUAUCAGACGACCAGGAUGGUAUGGACGCCGAGGGCGACAGCGUUCCCGAACCUACCAACAUCAGGGCAGUUGUUGGCUCCGAUGCUACUGAUAUUGACGAAGUCCUUGAGGCUGUUGCGGCUACAAACACUGCUGUUGCCGCAGCCAUUGACGCAGAAAUUUCUCCUGUCGCGGUUAUUGGCACUGCAUCUGACGGUUCAGUUAUCGAGGCCACUCGGGCUCUUGCUGAUGCUAAUCGAGAACCUAUCACAAGCACUAUCACAUACUUUACUGUUAUGCCUUCGAACCCCGGGUCGCUUGUUCCUCAGCAGGGCAUCGUCACUAUGUCGUAUGAGCAAUGUGAUUACUGCGAGACCCCUGAGCUGAUCAAGCCGCCCAUGGAGACCAAGGUUGUCGAGUGUGACGGUUGCGGGCCCAAUGGCGAGGACACCGUUACGUUGACGGUGCCCAUCUCUGUUACUAUCACUGUCCCAGGCGCAAACACAGAACAAGCACAGCAGACUGGAAAUGCUGCUGCUGCGGGUGUCACGUCUUAUGGAGGCAAUCUAGCACAACCACCCCGUAACUCCACUGUUGCUCCUGUAGUGCCGAACGGUAUGGGGGGCGGUGCGGAAGACGGAGAGUCUGCUGAGGUUACAACUGUGGUGAUUACAUACCUGACUACUCAACUAGUCACAUACGGUUCUUCUACAGACUCGGUCUCUACCGUGACAAGGACAGCUCGACGAACAGUCGUUCUCACCAUCUCUAACGUCGAUGCACAAAUGAGCAUCCUUCCUGUGCCAUCUCCUGGACAGCCAAACACUCCGGUCACCCUUGCUACACCAACGCCUGGUGCACCCAGUGAGCCAAUUGCUGUCAAUGCAGCACCAUCAAGAAGAGAUGAUGUGUUUGUGUACUUUGCCAUCGUAGCAAUGGCAAUCCUGGCACUGACGCUGUAA